AUGGACGACCAGCAGGUGCUCCUUGGCAUCUCCAGGAGCGAUAUGCUCGCCAGAAUAGAGCGUUGCGGCCGGGAUCCUGCGAUGCUGGACCUCGGCUCAAACAUGCUGCUCCACUUCGCGUACGAGUACCUCCCGGACCCGCCCGUCUCCCCCACCGCGCCCCUCUCGCUCGCCGGCGCGUCGUGGGUCCCCGACGGCGUCGACCGCAUCAGCCGCCUCCCCGACGAGCUCCUCCGUGACAUCAUAUCCCGCCUCCCCGCCAAGGACGCCGCGCGCACCGCCGCUCUCGCCUCGCGCUGGCGCCCACUUUGGCGCUCGGCGCCCCUUGCUCUUGUCGACAGCCAUCUGCUCCCGGACGGCGGCGCCUCUGGCCCGUUGAUCAUCGGCGCUCCCUCUCCCCGCGCCGUCACCGGCGCAGUGUCCAGCGCCCUCGCGGCGCACCCGGGGCCUUUCACUUGCGUCCACCUCACCUGCAGCACCAUGGACGAGCACCGAGGCGAGAUGGCGCGCUGGGUCGACACCCUCGUCGCCAAGGGGGUCCAAGAUCUCGUCUUUGUCAACCGCCCUUGGCCGAUUGACCUGCGCCUCCCCGCCACGCUCUUCAGCUGCGCCUCCCUCACCCGCCUCUAUCUCGGCGUCUGGACACUUCCAGGCACUGCCGCCGUGCCGCGCGGCGCCAGCUUCCCAAAUCUCCGGGAGCUCGGCCUCUGCAUGACUGUCAUGGAGGACCGUGCUCUGGCCUUCUUGCUCGAAAGAAGCCCCGUCCUGGAGUUCCUCCUCAUCAUGUGGAGCCAGACCGGAGCGCGCCUCCGACUCGUCAGCCACAGCCUGCGGUGUCUUCAGCUGGGCUAUACCCACUUGAAGGACAUCGAAGUGGUGGAUGCCCCUCGCCUGGAGAGGCUCUUCCUGAGAAAUGUAUCCUUGCCUGGAACCGGCAAGUUCACCAUAAACAGCCCUUCCAGGAUCAAGAUUGGCGGUGCACCCAACCUGCGUGUGCUGGGGUACAUUCAGCCAGGACAGACAGAGCUGGGGAUUAGCAACACCGUCAUCGUGGUCGUUUAUCCUACUAAUUUAAUUUGCAUAUGUAACUGA